CCAUUUCCAACACCAUUGACAUCCCCUUAAAUUCCACGGAACUUCACUGCAGAAGAAUCGAGAAUGUUCCGCUCGCCAGAGGCAAACGUCCCCUCCUCCAGAACCAUCCUCUCCGUGGCCGCGUCGGUCACUUUCUCGGCCCUCGCCCUCCGCCUGCUCGACAGGAUUCCCGCCGCCGCCGAGUACUGCCUCCUCUCGCGCCUCCGGGUCCUGUCCGCGAGGCUGUCGCCUCGGCUCACCGUGGUCAUCAAGGACUCCGACGGGCUCACCCCGAACCGGAUGUUUGAAGCCUCCCACCUUUACUUGGGCGCCAAGCUAUCCCCAUCCACCAAGAGGAUCGACGUGCACAAGCCGCUCCAGGAGGAGGAGCUGGUCCUCAGGAUGGACGCGGACCAGGAGCUGGUGGACUUGUUCAUGGGUGCGGAGUUGAAGUGGGUCUUGAUGUCCUCGACUCACGAGAACUUGGCAUCCGAGGGUAAAGUGUCGGGAGACCGAGGGGCGUUGAAGGCGGAAACGAAGUACUUCGAGCUCAGUUUUCACAAGAAGCACAGGGAAAUGGUGCUUAUCUACUUGCCCUGGAUUUUACGCAAGGCAAAGGAAAUUAAGGAAGGGAGGAAGACGGUGAAGCUUCAUACGGUGGAUUACAAUGGACCGGACUAUUGGGGGUCCAUCAAUCUCAAUCAUCCUGCAACUUUCGAUACCAUGGCGAUGGACCCUGAGAUGAAGGUGGCCUUGAUGGAUGACCUUGAUCAAUUUGUUGCAGGGAGGGAGUACUAUAAACGCGUGGGAAGGGCAUGGAAGCGAGGGUAUCUGUUGUAUGGGCCGCCUGGGACGGGGAAAUCGAGCCUGGUAGCCGCCAUGGCGAACUAUCUUAAGUACGACGUGUAUGAUCUGGACUUGAGUGAAGUACAGUGCAAUUCUGAUUUGAGGAGGUUGCUGAUUGGAACUGGUAACCGGUCAAUUAUAGUGAUCGAGGACAUCGAUUGCUCAAAGGAGUCCAAAACUUUAGAUGAGGAGAAGAUUACUCUAUCAGGGUUGCUCAAUUUCAUCGAUGGCCUUUGGUCGUGCUGUGGAGACGAACGCAUCAUCGUAUUCACCACAAACCACAGGGAACGCCUUGAUCCGGCGUUACUGAGACCUGGUCGCAUGGACCUGCACAUCCACAUGUCUUAUUGCUCUUUCAGCGGUUUCAAGACACUGGCAUCUAACUACCUGGGGAUUCAGGAUCAUCCACUGUUCGAAAAGGUCGAGGAGUUACUGAAGGUGGUUCAAGCGACACCUGCUGAAAUUGCAGGCGAGCUCAUGAAGACUAAGCAUCCGGAUUUCGCACUUCAAGGCCUGAUCAAGUUUCUCCAUUGCAGAACUCCAUAGGAAAUGUUGGAAAUGUCUAUUACCGAAAAAGAAAUCCAAGACAGAAUGAU